UGGCGUUUCCGCAGAAGACAGCCGCUCAGUUUCGUGUAGACAAGCGCACCGAUAAGACUUUAAUUUACUCGAAAGCCAUGUGCUAGCUAGACAGUUCAGGCAGGGCUACAAAGGUGCACUUAGUCGUAUCGGUUCUUAUCAGGUCGAUUGCGUUUAUCAAAUUAUUGGAACAGGGCUAAUUACGAGCGGGUGUUCGACAAAUACGUGAGAUAUUGAAUAAGGGAAUCUGCAAUCGUAGCUGAACACGUCAUCAAGUUGUAACGCUUGAGUGCAAUUUCCGAACGUUAAUCGUUGUCGCGGUUGGGUUUCAUCUUCAGAGUUGAAAGAGUUUCCCGGUAGAUACCCGCGCGCGCUAAAUUUCGCAUAUUUUGCAGAGGAAGUUUCAACCCCAACCGUUUGCAGCAGAGUCAUUUCGCUAGUACGACGAAGAUCGUUGUAGGGGAAAUCCCCGUGUGUAUUUAUUGGACAGCGGCACAAGAAUGUAGCCCAUUGGAGACUGCGAAGCUGCCAGUGUCGUAGAAAGUCAAGUACUGUCACGCAGUAAAGCCGUUAUGAGUAAUGAUUGUAAUUAGCAGUGGUUAACAACGAACCGGUCAUCUAAACUACAGUAGUCUAUAACAGGAGCUGUAGAAAAUAAGUGCUUGCGUUUUCAACUGUGAAGAAGCAAACUAUUUAGUGAGGUAUUGAUUGUAAUAGAUGUGCAAAGUGCUACGAAGACGUGCUAGGAUCGCAAAACACGGAGGUGCUAACUUUUCGAAACGACAGGCUCUUGAGUCGCUAGCAUCGUUGGAACCACUCGAUCAGUACGGAUUAGGAUUUGCAGGAAGAAAUUUAAAUAAUGAAAAUCACUACUAGUGUACAGGUGACACUCUCGAUUAUUGUCGCCGUAGUGGCCAGAUUCGAUUUAGCCAGAUGCAUACCGGUUAGUGAACUAGACAGUUACCCGUCCAGUUCGCUGUUGUCAUCGAGCAGUCAGGGUAAAACGUCGGCAGCACCGCCGCCACUCCUCUUCCCAAGUGGGAGCAGUGGUGUGUAUAAAAUUGUGGAGAAUGAUACUGCUCUCAAGAUCCUGCAGGCACGUGCCGCGGUCGAGCUGGCCGACGAGGCCAGCAGUAAGCACACGGAUACAACCGAGGGUCAAAACGUGCAGCAGCAGCAGACAGUCGCGGUCGCCGUCGUAGAUGGUGCUGGUGACUCAGCGGCGAUCAGCGGUAACAACACUGCCAACGCUACUCAGUCCGUUCCAACGCCGCCAUCGGCGGACAAUUACGAUACAGAUAAUGAUGAUGAUACCAAUGGUAAUAACGAAGAUGCCGAUGGUGAUGAUGACGAUUACAGUAGUGAAGAGGAUGACGAUGAUAAUGAUGACGAUGACGGUACUGUCGAUACGGACGUCGUCAAUGUUCAGCCGGAGGAUCCGAACAAGGAAGAUGGAUUGGAAGAACAGUUUGGAAACAAAGAUAGUCAUUACCCACUUGUGAUCGACAAUACGAUGAUUGAGGUGUCAGCCGUGCGUCAGGAGCACGUGUGGGUUAUUGUGACCGGAGCCAUUUUUGUGUUGACCCUUACGGCAUACAUCGCUAUGGUUCUGUACCGGAAUCGAUUAGAGCUUAAAUAUUCUUACUUUGUUUCGUUUAGACGACGCUACGGCAUGCGACAGCGUUUGGUUACGGAGGAUGAUUACUACACCAACAAUGACAUCUAAUACUUUCUUCCAAAGCUGCCACCGAAUGACAAACAACCAAGGUCAAUAGUAGGGGAGAAUCGUACAAGACGCACCAGUUGGAUAAGAUGGCCCAUGUCAUUAAUUCUCCAAAAUACUUAUGCAUGUGGCUUUUUAUGACGAAAUUCCUCGCUUUUUUCAUAAAAACCCAGCUUCUCUACAGUUCUCAUGUAAAAAGAGUGUGCCAUAAUGACCAAAUUACUCAAAAAACUGUGCAAUUGGCUGUGGCUCUGUCCAACAUGUUAUUAUUCAUGAAUUUUAUUCAAGCUUUUAUGACUAACUGAUUUGUAAAUAAUACAAAAAACAAUGAUUCCCCUAACCUUCGCACUUUUGAAGUUUAUAAUACUAUGAGUAUUUCAAAUUAUUUCACUAACUUUUGUCAACUUUCACCUAAAAACAAUCAAAAUUAAAACUGGGGCAGAAUGCACUACGAAGAGCUUGCAGGAGAUUGCUUGACAACUUAGAGCAUGUUCCAUUAUUUUUGAUUUUACUUUCGAGACUUCAAGCGCUUCUCACUUCGCGUGCUGAUUUCUGCUAGUGGCAUAUUGGCCUACUGCUUUGGAGCGUACUAACCUUUGUUGUGGUGCGUUUUGGUCACGGGCUUGUUUGGCGGCAAUGGUAAUUUUUACCAAAAAAGACAUGGAAAUCGAGUAUUUCAUAUAAACUUCGUCAUAAACAUACAAUUAAUAGAUCCUACAAUCAUCCUAUAUGUUCAAUGUCGCUUUGGAAUGAUUUGAAGCGCUGUAAAUCGCGCAAAUGCUUAACUGGUGCGUUUUGUACAAUCCUCCCCUAAUAGUGCAAACUGAAGCGAUCCCGUAAUUGUAGAACAAGUAAACCAUUCUGAAAAAGCGAAACAUGAAGAAAGGUAACAUACGAAUAGCACCAACUUUCUUUCGUUAAUCGGUCAUUUUCACCGGUAUAGAAUGUUGUGAUUGAAUUCCAGCAAUAAGUGCCAUUAGUUAUAAGAAACUUUCUCUGUAGUUCAUUCGAUGGGUACACAAACAAAUGAUCCUCUCAUGCAUAUCCCAUUUUGUUGUUGUCUUAUCAAACAGCUUGUGAUAAUUCUUAUUGAGAUUGAAAGUUUGCAAGUAGUAAAAGGAGAUUAAAUAUACUAAUAAAACGAUAUGCAAAAAAUGAUGAAAUAUUUAACAUUCUUCUCCAAACGUUUCAACCCCAGAAAGUUAUGGACAAGCAUAGUGAAAUUUAUUUGUUGCAGAAAUAAUGACUGUGAUAUUAAGUGAUUAUACGAUA